AUGAAGCUUCUAAAACGCUGUAAACCAAAGAUACCCAAGGUCAAAAUGGGCGGAUUCAGUUUCGCAGAUAUCCCAGAUAUGAGUGGCAAGACUGUCCUGAUUACUGGUGCUAAUGUUGGAUUAGGAUACAUAACAGCCCUGGAAUGCGCACGCAAAGGCGCCACAGUAAUCCUCGCCUGCCGGUCUCAAGACCGUGCUCAAGUCGCAAUCGACAAGAUUACAGCACUGGUUCCCAACGCUAAACUGGAAUUCUUACGACUGGAUUUACAAGAUUUACAGCAAGUGAAGAAUGCUGCUGAGACGUGGAUGAGUAAAGGGGAGCCGUUGCAUGUGUUGUGCAAUAAUGCUGGUAUCAUGGCUCCUCCUUUUGGAAAGACAAAGGAUGGGAUUGAGACACAAUGGGGAACUAAUCAUAUUGGACACUUUGUGCUGACACAUUUCCUGUUACCACGAUUGAUUGAAUGUCAACCUUCGAGGAUUGUUAACUUGUCCAGUUUCGGACACAAUUUCGCACCAUCCGAAGGCAUACCCUCCACCACCACAAUCAACGACCCAGCCAAACUCGAUAUCUGGACACGUUACGGGAUCUCGAAGCUCUCCAAUAUUUUGUUUACAGUCAGUCUAGCUUACAAGCUCAAAGACGAGAAGGUAUAUGUGAAUGCAUGCCAUCCUGGAUUUGUUGCUACCGAGCUCAUGAGAGGACCAACUGCAGCAUAUGGUUCGAUUAUGGGAGUUAUGAACUGGUUUUAUGAGUUGGUUGUUACCGUUAAGCCUGAAACUGGUGCACUGACGCAGAUCUACCUGGCGACGUCACCAGACGUCGAAACCAAGAACUUGCGUGGGAAGUACUUUGUGCCAACUGCGAAAAUUGGUGAGCCUUCUAAACAUGGUCGAAAUGCAGAGCUCGCCACGAAACUAUGGACUCAGUCUGUUGAAGUUGCUGCUGGUGCUGGCAUCGUGAUUGCUUGA